AUGGAAUAUUCGUGUUCAAGUUGUCAUGAUUUGGAAACAGACAUAGAAAAACAACCCAAACAUGGUCAUCAGCUUGGACAUGAUUUUAAUGGACCAGGAGAUUUUAUUGGUCAAGUUGUAUCUACUGAACCCAUUAGAGUGAUUAAUGAUAAUGCAAGGGAAAUAAGGCUAAUGAGUAUUGUUGCACAAGAUCUGAGCAUUGCUGAUAUCGAUUUGAACGUUGAGUCUUCCAUUAGUACUACACAACUUAACACAAAAACUGUUGUGGCCAAGCCAGAAGAUUACUACUUCCGUUUUCAAAUCCAAAACAUUGAUGAUAUUCCAGAUUACAAUGAUGAUCAAGGACGCCAAAAGAUCCCCGGCGAGUUCAAUACGAUGCUUAAUAGGAAGUUUGUUUUUAAAGUUCAGAUUUCAAAGUUUAAUCUCGAGAACAAUUAUCACGCAUACACCGUUCAUAAGAUGACUAAUUAUGAAAUUGUAGUUGGUGUAGUUUUCAAACAAUCACCUGCAUACGAAGAAAACAGUAUUCAUUCUGAUGUGUACUUCACACUGAAAAGCCCUAUUGAGAUUGUUACCACCACUAAAUCGUUUGAAUGGUCUUCCUCAAAAGAUGGUGUUGCUCCUCAUACCCUUAAGAUUCCAAAAAUGGGAAAACUCGAAUAA